AUGGUGCUCGAAUUUCUUCCACAUCAAUCUGUCCGUGUCCUAAUACCAGCGACCGGGCCUACAAUCGAAAGUGAUCGACUGCUUCUUCGACCUGUCGCUGAGCGUGAUGUCCCCGCAUUAUUUGCUGUCCGCGCAAGGCCAGAAGUCGCAAAAACAAACUAUCCCAAAACUCCCUUCAAGUCCGUUGAAGAAACAAAAGAGUGGCUAGCAAGCAAGAUCUUUAAAGGAUCCGAUGACAUAAACGGCUGUUCUUUCAAUUAUUCAAUUGUUGAUAAAUCGAUUUCCGAGUCUGAGGAGCAGGUCAUCGGUUACGUCAGUAUCAAUUCGCUCAAUCCUUGUCCGGAUAUUGGGUAUUCCUAUCUUCCCGAGUCAUGGGGCAAAGGAUACGCGACAGAGGCGCUACGGCUGCUGUUAAAGAUGUGGUGGGCUCUUCCACGCCGUGAACCCCAAAUUGUCGAUGGUGUGAUGGAAGAUCCCGAAAGAGUCUUUGCCAUUUCUGAAAAGGAGAAUGCUGCGAGCUGUCGAGUCCUCACGAAGUGCGGAUUUAAAGUGCACAAGGAGACCUCUUAUGAAGGUACCGAUCUUUAUUUGUGGACUUUGGAUAGGCCGGAGACCUCUUAA